AUCUUCUUCGUCAAAUCCCAGAAAGAUGUCCCUUGUCUUUUAGCAACAUCUUUCCUCCAAAUCUUCUCCAAAAUCCAAAAUUUCAUCUUUCAUCCAAGUCUGAUUUCUUCGCAACAAGUCAGUCACAAAGAACCCCAAAUUAACAUAAUCCAUUAUCUUCGUCACUAUGGGCAACCCGAUCCUCAUAGGUCCACCUGAACUCUACAUCGCCGGACCCACCGCAACCCUCACCCAAACACCCGUAGCCCCGACUCCAUGCCCGAUCCCAACAGUCACAGGCACCACUCCAAGUGACCCCUUCAUGGACCAAAUGGUGUCCGCAUUCAACACCUUAUCAACCCCAAACAUGACCCUAACUGAAAAUUUCUCCCCAACAUUUCUCACUACGGGGAACCCAUGUGUGGACUUCUUCUUCCACGUGGUUCCGGACACACCACCAGAGACCCUUCUCCAAAGACUCCAACUUUCGUGGGCCCAUAACCCCCUCACCACCCUAAAACUCGUUUUUAACCUCCGUGGCAUCCGCGGUACCGGCAAGUCCGACCGCCGGAACUUCUACGGCGCAGCGAUCUGGCUCCACCGCCACCACCCCAAAACCCUUCUAGGUAACAUCCCCUCCCUCGCUGACUUCGGAUACUUCAAGGAUCUCCCCGAAAUCCUUUACCUCCUUCUAGAAGGUUCCCAUGCCCGUGAAAUUCAGAAAAAAAAGGGGAUUAAGACAAAACGUGGGUUGAACAAGAGGGAAAAAUCGGGGACUGGGAAGAAGCAGAAGGGAGAAACGAAGGCUUUGAAAAAAACAGUCGAUGCCGCGAAGGACAAAACCGAGUCUUAGGAGAAAGCAAUUGCGCAUGUUGCCAGAGAAGAGAAAAAGGUGGCAUUGGCGAAGAAACUCGUUGAUCGUUAUACGAACGACCCAGAUUUUCGAUUCCUUCAUGAUCGUGUCUCUGAUUAUUUUGCUGAGUGUUUGAGGAAGGAUCUCGAGUUUUUGAAAUCUGGGUCGGUGACGAAAGUCAGUCUUGCCGCGAAAUGGUGUCCCUCUGUGGACUCAUCUUUCGAUCGACACACUUUGUUAUGUGAAACUAUUUCGAAGAGAGUUUUUCCUCGUGAAGAAUAUAAUGAGUACGAGGGGGUUGAGGAGGCGCAUUAUGCGUAUAGAGUUCGCGAUCGGUUGAGGAAGGAGGUGUUGGUGCCUUUGAGGAAGGUGUUGGAGUUGCCUGAGGUGUUUAUAGGGGCCAAUCGUUGGGAUUUGAUUCCUUACAAUAGGGUUGCUUCUGUGGCUAUGAAAUUUUAUAAAGAGAAGUUUUUGAAGCAUGAUAAUGAGAGAUUUAAGGCUUACUUGAACGAUGUGAAGUCAGGGAAGAGUACUAUUGCUGCUGGUGCUUUGCUUCCUCAUGAGAUCAUAAGGUCAUUGGAUGAUGAGGAUGGUGGUGAUGUGGCUGAGUUGCAAUGGAAGAGAGUGGUUGAUGAUUUGAAGAAGAAAGGGAGUAUGAAGAGUUGUUUGGCUGUUUGCGAUGUGUCUGGUAGUAUGAACGGGGUGCCUAUGGAGGUGUGUGUGGCAUUGGGGUUGUUGGUGUCUGAGUUGUGUGAAGAGCCUUGGAAGGCGAAGGUUGUGACUUUUUCUGAUAAACCUCAACUUCAUUUGAUUGAAGGGGAUGAUCUCAAGUCCAAGACUCAGUUUGUGAAGCAAAUGGAGUGGGGGUGGAACACUGAUUUUCAGAAGGUGUUUGAUCUCAUGUUGGAGGUGGCUGUGAGUGGGAAUCUGAGGCCGGAUCAGAUGAUAAAGAGGUUGUUUGUGUUCAGUGACAUGGAGUUUGAUCAAGCCUCAGCAAACCCUUGGGAGACUGAUUACCAAGCAAUCACUAGGAAGUUUGGAGAGAAAGGGUUUGGUGAUGUGGUGCCUCAGAUAAUUUUUUGGAAUCUGAGAGACUCGAAGGCCACCCCAGUGCCAGCUACUCAGAAAGGAGUGGCACUGCUCAGUGGGUUUUCUAAGAAUUUACUCACAAUGUUCUUGGAUAAGGAGGGGGAGAUAAGCCCUCUAGAAGGCAUGGAAGCAGCGAUUUCUGGGUCAGAAUAUCAGAAACUAGUUGUGCUGGAUUAGUGAAUUACUCAAUUUUUAUUUCUUAUCUGAUGCUUUUAAAAUAAUAUAAAAGAAUCGGAAACACAAAAGAUGUGGUGCAAUUUUCUAUUCCUAUCUUGCAUGACAUGUUUGCGAUUUUGUUAUAAUUUUAAGAUUUUGUUCUGUUA